AUAUUCUUUUAACUUCAAAUAUAUUGUACUCAAAAUGAUGCACAUGAUGAUGGAAAUGUAUUUUCAUUUUCGAAUUGAGGAGCCCAUUCUUUUUCGCGAAUGGAAACCACUGAACACCACUGCUUAUGUAUUUUCAUGCAUUGAAAUUUUUUUAAUUGCUUUUUGUUUAGAAGCUUUGAAAUUUGGAAGAACAAAACUCUCUCCAAAAGUUAAGAUUGUGGAAAAGAAAGUAGAUUGCUGCUGUUCAACAGAAAAAGAUGGAUUAUGGAAUAUUCCAGAAACAAUUCCUUUGACACAAAAAACUGUCACUUUGGCACCAUUCACCCGUGACUCCUUAAUUUCAAAAUUUCACAUGGCUUCUUCACUUCUUGUAUUUGUGCAACAUUUCAUUGAUUACUCUCUUAUGCUGGUUUCAAUGACUUACAAUUGGCCAAUAUUUCUCUCCUUGCUUGCAGGUCAUACCACCGGAUAUUUCUUCCUAGGACCCAUGAUGACUGUGGAGGAGAGUGAAGCAGCUGGAAGUUGUUGUUCAUAAUUUUUAGCUCUAUGUAUUUUUAAUAUCCACAAUCAUCAAUGGUUUUUAUUGGAUUACGAAAGUAAUGUAUUCGGUUUUUAUCUUUCUACAUACACUUUGCAAAACUUUCUUUUACUGCCACUUUGUAAUCUAAUUUAUGUCUAGCCAUUCAACAUUCUUACUAUUAGAUUGAUAUUUAACAUCACUCUUCAAAGAUCGAACUUUUUCAUAUGUAUGACAGAUAAAAACACUUUUUUAUGUUGUGUUUAAAAAAUUUUAAUUUCAACAAAUUUCAAAUAAAUGUUUGAAUUUUG